ACUCGUGGCUGGUCCAUUCAGAUUUAGUGGUACAUCUGUGGACGCACUUGGACUCUCUCAAGACUCUCAGAAGCUGGCGGCGACAUUAUUGGAUUGGGAGUCCAAGCAAUCAUACCUUGAGGUGUGGGACGUCCAACCACAGAAAUUGGUUGUCACUAGAAAAAGAUCUAUCACUAGCCUCUUCUUACGAUCGCUGGUAUUUUGGACAACAAAAGGCAAAUUCAUCACAACCUUAUUCAGCAGCUUGGAUGACGACAUGACAAUCUAUGAGUAUGAUGCAUCGACGCUCAAGACUGUCGGAGAUUCCUUCCAAGGGCACACCGACCUCAUCAGGAACCUAGCACUUUCAUUUGAUUGUCUUCUUCUCGCCAGUGCUUCCGACGACAACACCAUCAAGCUCUGGUCCUUUGAGUCUCGCCAACUCCUCGCCUCGUUCGAUGUCCAAGCUCCCUUUACCCUAAUACUCUCACCUGACUCACACCAAUUGGCUUACACGACACUUGAUGAGGCUAGAAUCUACGUAUGCGAUAUUCCAGCCAAUAUUUUUGCUAGUAUUGGUCUUGCAAAAGAGACAAGCGCCCACCUCGCUAAACUGCUUGACGUAUGUGGUCCUGCUCUUUUACUUAUCUAUUCAUUCCAUUGUCUAUCGCAGUCUGACGCAACACGUCAUCCCGUACGCCGUAAACCAGCAGUAUCAGUCAUACCUUCCGUCCCCCGCCCGCUAGCAGUUGCAAUUGAACCCCGGCGACCCAUUAUCAUUGGAUUUUUACGCAAACUCCUCCCUUCUCGUACGGAUAUGGCUCGCCCUAUUCGCACCAAUGAACCCCGCAAUCCCCUGGACUUCCCUGCUACAGCACCCUUGCCUCGUCCAAUUGUAAAUCCCCAUGAUGAUAAUUAUCGGCCACCGACCACCCAAUCCUCUGCUCCUACUCCCACAACCUUCAAAUCUCGCCUGUCAACCUGGUUGUCACUUCAAACAGGUCGUGCAUCCACAGCUAUCGUUGAUGUUCCUCUCGCGCAGGGUAAAGAGGUGCUACACGCCGCAAAAACGAUGAAUGGAUACCUGAUGAAGACCAUGUUUCUUCUUCUCCUUCGCCCAAUCCAGAUUCGCAACAGCCGAUCACAGCAGGGCAGGUCAGAACCAAUGCAGGAGAACAUGGAGGCAGCCGGCUGUGUUUCUGCUUUUAGAUUGACUUUUUGAACGUGUAUCUUUACAAGAUGUAAGGCAUAUCACAGUGUAUCUUCGUUUAGAGGACUCGGAUAUUUGCUUGUAUACACUUGAACGGCGAAAAUCUUACGCAGAGUUUGAAACACCAGCGCUAAUCUAUCGUCAAGGCAGGCACAAUACAGGGAUUUCAUCACAAGCCAGAAAGGGAUGGAACAUGCUGUA